AUGUCCCCUACGCCGUCUUUGGACUCGUCCUCCACGUCUCCAGGCGGCGCGUUAAUCGGCAACACCGGACCGGGUGCUUUCCUGUCUCGGACGCCCCCUAAUUGCUCGCCGCGGCGCCUGGCGGCUGCCGACGAAACGUCUUCGGGUGGCGGCGGCUGCGACUUGAGUCCCGGCUGGAGCCCGCUGGGUCCCCGGCACGGUGUGCACCGCAGCCGAUGCAGCACCGAGCGGCGCCGGAGGGAAUCUCUGGCGUGCAUGCCCCCGUCGGCAGCGCUGUCUGGCGGAAGCCACCAGUACCACCACUACCAUCAUGCCACGUCGCUGCUGCUGCAUGGUGUGGGAAUCGCCGGAGGUGGGCAGCUGGGGCAGCUGCUCAGCUCGUCGUGCACGGCAUCCUUCUGCGCGGGAGCGCUGGCCACAGGGACGUCGGGGCAGUCGAAUUUGGUCCGUAUGCGAAGCUCGACCAUGGGACAGUCGGCCCCAAACCUUUCCCUUGCUACAACGCAUGGCAGCCAUCGGCGCCUUGGGCCGGCCAGAGGACGCCACGGCGCUUUCACUUAUCAUUCCAGCGUCGCCGACGCCGGCCGAUAG